AUGCUCUAUACGGGAUCUCGAACUCCGGAGACUCUUUGGUGGACCUCGGCCGGUCUCCUGAGUGACGUACCAUCAGCUCAAAAUCGGUCCAAAAUCACUCGAAUUUUCGAGAAUUAUGCUGGUUGCUUUCUUGCGGCCCAUCGGUGCGAAAUCUCCUAUGGGUCGCCCAAGUUGGGCAUAAAAAGUCCCUAUGUAGAACAGCAGCUCAACCUCCCCAUCGAGAUUGUCGAAAUAAUUAUUGACAACGUCCCAGACGGCCAAACUGUCGCGGCAGCAAAUUGUGAUAGGGUCGUGCCUUACCUUAAUGGUCCCUCUCAGGCCGGACAGUUCGUCCAGAGCCUCGUCAUCACCAAAAGCGCAAGCGAUAUUCUAGCACACGAAUCCAUCGAGCGCGCAGCCGACGCGCUCGUUCGCGCGUGUCCAAAUAUCCGAGAACUCCAAAUGAGAGGAGUCACGGAUUGGUCUAUAGAGCGUUUCCUCGACCCGCUCAUCGAGCAGCUCGAAGACUUGACACUCGCAGACGUCUCCGUAAACAACUGGUCCGUUAUCAGCCAGCGCCUCUCAAAAUGCACAAAUCGGCUAAAAUGCCUUCGCAUAUCUUCCGUCAAAUUCACCAAUCACAAAUCAGUUGUACUAUCAAAGCAAUCUUGCACACAAAACCAAGGAUCCUCGAGCCCUCUAGAGAAUCUGGAGAGGCUGGCCAUCGAAAGCCAAUGCCACGGCUAUUCCUUUGCUGGAAUGCUUCUCGAUCAGGUGAUCCAAUCGCAGGCGAGCAACUUGCGCGCCAUCGAACUCCCCUUUCCAAUGCCAUCAAACGGGCAGCAAUUUUUGUCGACACUUGGGCAAAAUUUAACAAGUCUCGAGAUUCACUGUGAAUCCUUCCAGGCCUUUUCUGCUAAUGAUGAUUUGAGCCAGUGCCGUCACCUGACCCACUUGCACUUCAAAAAUAUAUAUGCCCAUCUCGAUUACGCCGGUCCAGCCCUCGCUAUCUUGCAUCCAUACGUAUCUGAUGAUUGGAAGGCGUUGGACGAUACCCUAUCUAUGCCUCACAUGGCAAGCUUACAGUCGCUACAACUUUCCGGCCUAUUUUUCAUAGCGGGCAGAGUCGGCAAUCUGCUAA